UUGAACGUCGACUGGAUUUAUGCACAAAUAUUUUCUAUUAAUUAUAUAAGAUAUAAAGAAGUAUACAUUUGUUAAUUUAUGAUAAUGAAUAAUAGACGAUUUUUAUAAGAGAUUUUUUAUCGUAAUUUUUAUAAACAACGUCAUGAAUGAUCUCAUUGUUGAUUUAUGCAUUCCAUUUCCUAGUGAACGAGAGGCGGAUGUUGCUUAUCAAACUUUGCGAGUAGAUGCGGAACCGUCGAGGAGUGGUGUAACAAAAACAUUAACUUUAAAAUCGAAUACACUUAAAGCUACUUUUUCUGGAAAAGAAGCUCGCAAAGUUCGAGUGGGAUUAACAUCAUUUUUUGACACACUGCUGCUUAUUACCGAAACUAUGAAAGAAUUUGAUCCACCAGAGUCUUCUUACGAUCAUUAUUAAAAUUUUGAUACGAUCGCAA